AUGGACGAGCGCUCGCCCAAGCGACGGCGGACCAGCGGUGCCGCAGACGUGUCGAGCCCCAGCCCAGAACGGCGCACCACGCCACGGUCGCGACGCCGCCGCCCGUCCUAUGCGUCGCCGACAAGAGCCAGCAUGAUGCGCCAUAAUCCAGAAAUCAUAGAGCGCAGGGAAGCUGCAGCUGCGGCCGAGACCUCUGCUGCGCGCGCCGCAGAGCAGACAACCACAGCUAGCGACCAGCAAACGGCGGCUGCCCGUCGCAUCGCCCGCGGGGGAAUCCUUGCACCCCCAGGACAGCAGCAGCAGCAGCAGCCGCAGCAGUCAAAUCGCCCAACGACAACGAGUGCAGGAUCACGCGUCGAAACGUCACGCGUAGAGGAUUCAGAAGAGUCGACGCCCGAGUUUGUGCCCAGGACAGCUCGUCCGGAGCCAGUCAUUGGCGUCGCUAUCCCGCCGCAACCCGAGCCGGAGCUGCCCCCAGCCAGGCCAGACCCCGUCACGUCUUCGCCGUCCAGGGGCAUACACAACAGCCCAUCGCGCUGGAAAACGCGAGCAAAACAAAAGUCUUCACCCCUCAAAAAGCCGCCCAUGCGGCCCGACGAAGAGGACGAGCCGAGCCCGGUGCCCACGCCGCAGGCGCUGCAGCGUCGGCCGAACCCGCCCGCCGCAGACAUGGCCGACGAGCAACCGCGCGAUACGGCCCAUCCCGACCCGGCGCGAAACGUGUCGCUGCAGGACCCAGCCAAGGUCAAGGAGAGGAACGCGCUGCGCGAAGAGCUCGCCCAGCUGCAGCGGGACCUGGAGAUGGCGACGCAGGAGAAUGCGCGGCUGCUGAGCACCCAAAACACAGGACGCUACGCCGCGCCCGGAAACAAAGACAGGAUCCUGGAUCUUUUGCGGCGGUCGCUGAUUCCAGCGGAUCCUCUGGCGCAAGCGCCGCAGUCGCAGCAGCUCAUGAUGGCGGCGCUCAACCCCAUCGCGCUCCUGCCCUUUAGCAAGCCCGUCGCCACGCUGCUGCCGGAAAAGGACGACAGCAACGACAUCAUCAAAUCGCACCACCCGGUCGAGAUGUCGGCCGAAGAAGAGCUGGGCUAUCUGAAAGUCUUCAGCCCGUUCAGCGUGACGUCGAGCAUCGCCGCGCUGCCCGCCACGCGCGAGCACCCCUUUCGCCAGCGGCGCCUGCUCACGCUGCGCGACCAAGAGUCCCUCUUUCAGGCGCGCGUCGAGCUCAUCGUCAACCCCAUGACGCUCGCCAUCCUCGAGCUGCGCGUCCUGUCGCUCGAGCCCGCCGCCGCCGCCGCCGAGCUGCAGCCCUUUGUCGACACCGUCUGCGGGGGCCGUUGCAACCGGAGCAUGCAGCGCAACGUGGGCAUUCUCUUCUGGGCCAUGGCCGAGUGGCGCCGCGCCGCCGUCGACCGCGCCGAGACGUGGGCGCGCCUCGACGCAGAGGUCCUCACCAAGGGCGGGCCGGCGCAGGCCGCGGCUGCCAUGCGCCGCCAGGCCGAGCAGAGCGCCGAGAGGGUCGCCGCGCCGCCGCGCGACAGGGUCCUGCUCAAGAGCGCCGAGCUGCGGUAUUUCAUGGGCAGGCAGGCCUACGACAUCCCGAUCGAGUCGGCGUCUGGCGGGAGCAGCCGGCGUGACGAUGCCCACAUACGCCUGGAGUGGAGGAUUGGCUUCGACUGGACGGGGGAGGCGGAGAGCAAGCUUGCCGUCUUGGAGGGCGUGCCCGGAAAGUGGAGAAGGGCCGAUCGCCGUGGUAGCUUGGGCAAGCUUGGAGGCCUGUUCCAGGACCUGGUGCGCGGUGGCGAGGACAUUGAUGUCGCUGCGCGCAAGAUUGCGGCGCUCUUGGUCGACGCGGAUGCUUGA